AUGGCGGGGAAGACGGACUCGGGUUCCAUCCGGGUGCCGUACAGAAACCUGAGGGAGGCGGAGGUGGAAAUGAUGGGAACGGAUGAGGCUCAUCAUCGGAUCGACCUUAAUUCCUCUUCGUCUUCGUCCCCUAGGGUUCUGAAUGGGACCGGCGACCUCUCGCCGCCGCCGAGUCAACCCGGACACAAACACAAUACUCUUACGACUCUCAUUCUCAGCUGUACGGUCGCCGCCGGUGUACAGUUCGGUUGGGCUUUGCAGCUUUCGCUUUUAACUCCGUAUAUACAGACACUUGGAAUAGGGCAUGCAUUUUCUUCAUUUAUUUGGCUUUGUGGCCCUAUAACAGGCCUUGUGGUUCAACCUUGUGUUGGUAUUUGGAGUGACAAAUGCUCUUUAAAAUUUGGAAGAAGGCGCCCCUUCAUUCUUGUAGGAUCUCUCAUGAUUUCAGUUUCUGUGGUGUUAAUCGGGUUUUCUGCAGACGUUGGAUACUUAUUAGGAGAUACAAAGGAGCAUUGCAGCACAUUCAAAGGUACCCGGACAAGGGCAGCUUUUGUAUUUAUUAUUGGGUUUUGGUUGCUGGAUCUUGCCAACAAUACAGUGCAGGGACCAGCUCGUGCUCUUCUGGCUGAUCUAGCAGGCCCUGAACAACGUAACACUGCAAAUGCUGUGUUUUGCUCAUGGAUGGCCGUUGGUAACAUCCUAGGAUUUUCUGCCGGUGCAAGUGGAAGUUGGCACAGAUGGUUUCCUUUCUUGUUGAGUAGAGCUUGCUGUGAAGCUUGUGGAAAUCUUAAAGCAGCAUUUCUUAUUGCAGUGCUCUUUCUCACUUUGUGUACGCUUGUUACCAUAUAUUUUGCUGAUGAGGUUCCACUCACUACGCAUGAGCCCAACCGUUUAUCGGAUGCUGCUCCUUUAUUGGAGGAUCCCCAACAAAAUGGCCUUGAUCUUUCAAAAUUAAAGCCUGAUAAGCAAGUUAUAGAUAAUGCAAAUCAAAGCAGAACUGUGAAUGACUAUGAAAGGGAUAUACAUCUAAAGGAGGCCAUCUCAAAAGUUGAAGAAGAUAAGAAUGGUGGUUUUAAUGACGGACCUGGGGCCGUUUUAGUCAAUCUAUUGACCAGUUUAAGGCAUUUACCACCAGCAAUGCAUUCAGUGCUCAUUGUUAUGGCUCUUACCUGGUUAUCCUGGUUUCCGUUCUUUCUUUUUGAUACGGAUUGGAUGGGAAGGGAAGUAUAUCAUGGAGAUCCGAAAGGGAACUUGUCCGAAGUACAUGCGUAUGAUCAGGGUGUCAGAGAAGGUGCAUUCGGUUUAUUAUUGAAUUCAGUUGUUCUUGGCAUCAGUUCUUUCCUAAUUGAGCCAAUGUGCAAGCGGAUGGGUUCAAGACUAGUGUGGGCAUUGAGCAAUUUUAUUGUGUUUGCCUGCAUGGCAGGCACUGCUAUCAUAAGUUGGAUAUCUGUUGGAGAAUAUUCUAAAGGGAUUGAACACGUAAUUGGGGGGAAUGAAAAUAUCAGGGUUGCUUCCCUGGUUGUUUUUUCUCUUCUUGGCUUCCCUCUUGCUAUUACCUACAGCGUUCCCUUUUCGGUUACAGCUGAGUUGACUGCGGACGCAGGUGGUGGCCAAGGACUGGCUAUUGGAGUGCUAAAUCUUGCAAUUGUUGUUCCACAGAUGAUUGUGUCUCUUGGUGCGGGGCCAUGGGAUGCUUUAUUUGGGGGAGGAAAUAUACCUGCCUUUGUCUUGGCUUCCUUUGCUGCCCUUGCUGGUGGCGUUUUUGCAGUUCGCAGGCUACCAAACCUUUCGAGCAAUUCUUUCAAGUCAACUGGUUUUCAUUUUGGCUAA